AAGUUGCUGGGAUUAUUCAUUGAAGGUGCACUUGUUUCUCAAGUAGAACGCACACGAACUACAAGGUCAGAAAGUCAUCAACUCAUGUUUGCGUCACGAUUCACCAGGCACAUGAGGCUUCGGAUCGCGUUUCAGUUUCUGAUCUUCUGUACAGCAACAUCAUCGGGUUUUUAUAGUUCAGCUAGUGCUAGAAAAAUACGACUUUUAAGCAGUGAGCGACGACAAACAUCAUCCACGCGAACAAUUCCCAUGGCAGCUGCCGACGUGGCAACCUUUUCCUCCAAGCAGCAGCUGGCGGAGAGGGUAUUCGCAGAGGUGAAAAAGUUGCCGGAAUAUGGAAAUCCCAUGCUGCUGCUGGACAAAGACGCCUCCGCUCUCGAAGUCGAAGCGCGACUGGGCAGAAUCGCUGGCAACGACGACUACUCUAGAGAACAGGUGGAAAAAGCGCGGGCCAGUCUGAAAGCGGACCGUGGAGUAGUUCACAAGGAGAGUGACUACAAGUAUCGCAUCAUGGGCGGAUAUAGCCAGGACUGGGUCCGGUACCGCUUCGAUCCGGAUAUCGACGUGAACGCCUACCGCAGCAUCCAAAUCAGUGCGGAGACUAGUUUGGAAGCACAGCGGGAGCAACUCAAAUUGCAAGCGCUGGAAUCACAACCUGAGGAAGUAGCUCCUGCCGGUGAGAACAAAGGUACAGCACCACGUGGAGGCGCCGACGCUGCGCAGGAGCCGCAGCAGGCAGCUUUUUCUUCCUCCUCGUCAAGCAGCAGUAGUAGUCUUGCUGUUUCAACAACUCCUUCCGCCGCGGAACUCGCGAAGCGCAUAGCGACGGCGACACCGUUUCUGCCCCACAAAUGGGUCAUCAGCCAAGAGGACAGAACCUAUUUCAUGCCCAGUGAUGCUGGUCCGCGUCAGGACAACAGUACUAAGGGUGGCGGAAAGCAGGAAGGCAAAGGGAAGAAAGGAAAGAAUAAGGAUGGACGCAGAAUUCGCGCCGUUCGUACACUGUCCAAGUUUACGGACGAUGGGCGCGACCACAUGGGUAGCGUGCCAGAGCUGAAAAUAGAAGGCUGGAAACAAGAUGGUAACGCUGACGAGGGCGAAGAUGGGCAGGCCUUGUCUCUGCGAAAGGAUACAAUUGGGCAGCCUGAUCAGAGUAUCGAUUUGAAACAGGCACUGAGGUUGGAAGAAAAAAGCCGCAUUAUCGACAUCGACGUGAUCACCGGGGGGGAAUUCGACCUGCGGAUAUCCAUCAGCAGGGAAAAAAACCUCGACUCCGAGCGACCCGCGUUCGACAAGUACCUGGAAACGCAGCCGAAGCCGAUUGUAACGCGAAAGAAGCGAAGGUACUAGUAAACAUCUCUACGAAGAUUUUAUACAGUGUUUCUCAAGUUCGUUGAGUAGAAAACUGGUGGCCCAGCACCUCCUAGAAUCUUGCUUCGUCGCAGGAAAUUACAAUUCACCCUGACAGUAUAGAUGGAAGCGAAGACAUUUUCAUCAAACAUGCUCACAGGCACAGCUAUUGGCUCGGCUCCGGCGGCUUCAUUGGCUCUCUGGACAUGACCGAAGUGAAGCAGUUUGGCGGCGGCAAGGGCGGCAAGCGGAAAGAAACCAGCGAAGUGGAGCUCGAGCUGGAUACAAAAGAAUUGCAGCAUCGGCUCACGACCGAUGCGAAAUCGUUGGAACCCCUGCUGAUGGGGAUGAUCAGUUUUGCGAGCACGCUGGCGACGAGUGACCUUUCGGAAAAAAACAAAAUUUUGUUCACUGGCGCAGGGAAGCGCACUGCGGAAGAGAGGGAACGGAGUACCCUCUUGGCGAAAGAUACAGCCACCUUGUAUAAUCCUGACGAAUUUUCUGCGCCUGCGGUCGAGCAGGAUGUGCAUGAUGCCGACAGAGAUGUUGAAAAUCUACCACGCAAAAAAAUGAAACCUGAAUGAUUUCCAUACACGUUGAUUCAGUUCAGUAAAAAGUAGAAAAACGACACCACAAAUCGCGUUGAAGGUCAUCAGAGCCAGCCAGCUUUUUCGUAGCAGCGGAUCCAUCUUAUGAAGGU